GUAAAAAAAUAAGACGCCGAAGAAGAAGCAGGCAGUGACGUAACGCGAGGUUAAUUUUCGUCCAGUAGGUGGCGGUACCCGUUUGAGCACAAUAAUAAAACCGAAGAAGAAGUAGGCAGUGAGGGAGCUGAUUUUCCGGUUUGUUUUGUUGCUGUUGUCUCUAAGCGGCGGGACGUUUGAACAGUCGCUGAAACAUGGCCCCCAAAAAGCAGAAAGAGACUCAGCGGGUAAACAUUUCCAGCUCGUUGGAGUCGGAGGAGAUCAGUCUGGAGACCACUGUGCCCACGGAGGACAUUUCUUCCUCAGAUGAGAAGAGCAGCAGUCAAAAGGUCACUAAGCAGGUGCUGGAGAGAAAGGAGCUCCUUCACAACAUCCAGCUCCUGAAAAUCGAGCUGUCACAGAAGAACCUCAUCAUUGACAACCUCAAAGUGGAACAUCUGACCAAAAUGGAGGAGCUGGAGGAACAGCUGAAUGAUGCACUGCAUCAGAAGCAGAUCUUUGCCCUUCGCUUGGACAGCCAGCUUAAAGUGCAGCAGGAUGAGAAUAGGAAGCAGCAGGCUCUGAUGAAACAGGACAUGGAUGCCAUUUUAUUGCGGCAAAAGCAAUUAGAGGACACCAACAGACAGCUGUGCGAGAGGGCCGGAGACGUCCGGCGUAGCCUGAGAGACAUCGAAUUGAGCGAGGAGAAAUAUCUGGAACUGAGAGAUCUUCCUGAAGACAAGCUCUCCAUCCCCGAAUAUGUAUCGGUGCGCUUCUACGAGGUGGUUACGCCAUUGAGAGCUCAGGUGACCGAGCUACAGGCGAAGAAGAACAACGUGAUGGACGACCUGGACAGCCAUCGCAAGCAAAUCAAAUCCCUCAUGGAGAGCUACGAAGACGAGAGAAGAGCGCGCUCAGAGCUGGAGAUCCGCUGCCAAAGACUCGCUCUGGAACUGGCCGACACCAAGCAGCUCAUCCAGGAGGGAGACUACAAACGUCAGAACUAUGACAAAGUCAAGCGAGAGAGGGACGACUACGAGAUAGAGGUCCGAGAGCUGAGGAAGAAGCAGGAGGUGAUGGACCUGACGCAAACCGCGAUGACCAAAGAGAGGAACGAUCUCAGCAAAGAGGUGGCCACACUGCAGCAGUCAGUGACACUGCUUCAGAAGGAUAAGGACUAUCUGAACAAACAGAAUAUGGAGCUGAGUGUACGCUGUGCCCACGAGGAGGAUCGUCUGGAGAGGCUGCAGGUGCAGCUGGAGGACUGCAAAAAGGCCAGGGAGGAGGUCUACGACAAAUACGUGUCCUCCAGGGAUCACUAUAAGACCGAGUACGAGAACAAGCUGAGGGACGAGCUGGAGCACAUCCGACUGAAGACCAGCCAGGAGAUCGAGAGCCUGCAGCGCACGUCUAAAGAGCUGUACGAGAGAGAGAACAGAAACCUCCGUGAAGCAAGGGAUAACGCCGUCCUCGAAAAAGAGCGAGCCACCGGUGCUGAGAGAGAUGCUCAGGCCAGAUAUGAUCAGCUUCUAGAGCAAUUCAGGGAGCUGCAGCUGAACACCGACAGACGCACAUCAGAGCUGCAAAACCAGAUGAAGCUGAAGGCUUUCGAAUGUGAGCGUGCUCAGAUUGUGCAGGACGAGACGGCCAGGAACCUCAGCCUGUGCCAGAUCGAGUGUGAGAAACAGCAGAAGAAACUGGAGGUGUUAACCAAAGAAUUCUACACACUACAGUCUACAUCAGAGAAACGCAUCACAGAGCUGCAAUCCCAGAAUGCCGAGCAGCAGGUGAGGCUUGAGACCUACGAGAAGCUGGAGAAGGAGCUGGAUGACAUCACCAUGCAGGCGGCAGAAAUGGAAAACGAGGACGAAGCCGAGAGGGUGCUGUUUUCAUAUGGAUAUGGAGCGAACAUGCCAACCACGGCCAAGAGGAGGCUGAAACAGAGUGUUCAUCUAGCAAGAAGGGUCCUGCAGUUAGAGAAGCAAAAUACUCAGCUACGAAGAGACCUGGAGAGAAGCUCCGCCCACACAGGACAGCUCUGCGAAGAGCUGCAAGCAGCCAAUCAGCUUCUUCAGCAGGCCCCGCAGCCGCAAAGUUACCUCAUCGAGACGGUUCGCCAGCGGGAUGCGCAGAUCCAGUCACUGAAAGACCGGCUCUCGCAGCUGGAAGAGGAAGUGAGUGCACUAAAGAAAGAAAGGGCAUCGCUGCUGCAGGUGAAAAACAACAUGGCUGCUGACCUGGAGCGGCUCCUGAGCCACAGAGAGGAGCUCUCUGCGAUGAAGCAGGUGCUGGUCAGCAUGCGCUCACGGCAAAACAGGGAGCCUGAAGAGGAGCUCAGCGGAAGACCUGUGGAACAGCGGCCCAGAGAACCGAGGAGCCGAACAGAAGACGGGCAUCAGCACCAGCUCCGACCCAAACCUACAGUGUUUACUAAUAAAGAAGCUCCUGAGUGGCACAGAAAGCUGAAGGCGAAGUCCAAGUGACCAACAGAGACUCGUUUAACCUGAGGAACACAACGUACGGGUUUUAUUUACAGACGCCAUAAUUCACGUCAUGUAACAGUGUGUUUUGUACUUGUAAAAAAAAUUUUUAUUAAAAGGAAUGUCUUUUAUUUAU